AUGGAGAAAGGCAGAUCGGUGGCACCGAAGGAUGCGCGCCGGAAGGUGCCGAGAGGCAAACGGCUGCAGAUCGACAAGCUCGAGAGGGCCUGCAAGGUCGGCAAUGACCAGGUUAGCGGGGGCGCGCAGCGAUUGCAGGAUGGCCAAGUGAUGAUCUUGUCCACGCUGGAGGACGUGUCCAACUUGGACGGCAUUUUCGACCAGGCGCUCCGACGCGGGACUGCGCGAGCAGCAGGAGCAGCAGGAGCAGCAGCCAUAGCAGACGAAAGUGAAAGCAGAAGAGUCGGAGAAGCGGCAUCAGGUUCGCACGUUCAAGACGUGCGCGAAGAAGCGCUUAGUAGUUCUUUGCCUGACAUGGUAUUCCCGACCAAGGCACCUCGCUGCGACCGUCGAAGGGACGAGCCGAUGGACACUUCGGUGGAGUUUGUUUCGCAGAGCAGGAUGGGAACGAAGAAUUGCAUUGAUGGUGCUGUAAAGGAGUGCGAGGGGGUCGGUACUUUGAAGACAAAGGAGGCGUCGUCGGAACGCUUGGAGGAGGGAGGACGUGGGAAGCUGGAUGACGAUGAUCAAAUCGACACGAGCAUCGCGUCUGGCGCAGGCGCUACUGGUCGCGGUCAGCGCAACAUCCGCGGCAAAGUGCGACAGGAAAAUGUCUUGAAAGAAGCAGCUACCGACGAUGCUCGAGAUGCUCUGAGCAGCGACUCGUCUACAACUCUUGAGACCCGCAUCACCGCCCUAUCGACCGAGCCUGAGCUCGAGUGAGUGUCUAUGCGGAAAAGGGGAAACGGCUUUUUCUGGCAGUGCUUGGGAGCGCGCGCAGCUUGUUAAGCGAAAGAUGAUGGCUGACGUGAUCUUUUCUUUCCCUGCGACGCUUUUCUUUGUCCCCGGUCCCCCCUUUUCGAUCAGCUUGUCGAGCAUCUCGACCGCUCGGUUCAGAGUCUUGUCACACUGCAUCAUUUGCGGCUAUUGUUUUCCCAAGUCGCACAGCGGACCAGCAAAGCAAAAGCACGUGCAGCAGUGCUCUUUGCGAAUGGGCACGAGCGGAUAUGAAGUGUUGGGUGUGUUGCAGGUGGAGGAGAGGAGGAGAAAAGAGGUUUGGAGGAGGGAGAGUAGGAGGAUGGAGCAGGAGAGGGGCGUCUUGAGCUGCAUGAUUGGCCAGGCACUCAGAGAGGGAUUGAUGUUGAGCGAAAAGAUCGACAGGGCCAAAAGUAGACAAAGGCGUACGAAGUGGCAGGGCGGUAGGAGCAAGUCGGUGCGCGGGCAGAGCAAAGCCAAAGCGAAGAGCAAAGCCGAAAGCAAGAGCAAGACGAUAGCCUUGGACAAGGAGAGCCCGGUGGACCCUUCUAUCGAAGAGCUUGUCGCUGCACUCAAGAGCAAAAAGAAUCCUGUGGGAAAAGGCGGCAUCUGGUUUGAGUACCUGCGCACUGCGAGCGAGAUCAGCGAGGAAGUCUUUCACCGAGCAGACGAGCUUUUGAGUCUUGCACACAUCGAACCGGCGAAAUUGUCAGCGCUAGAUGAAGAUGGGACUUCGAUGGUCGAGACGCGCGUUCUUGUACCACGCCAGCCGGCUGGUGCGCCGUUCCACAUGGGCGGCGCGCUAAGCGUGGAAGGACGAGGCGCUGGCUUUGUGCGACGCAGCAGACUGGAAAAGGAUGCGAGGAGCAAGUCGAAUCAUUCUAGGGGCCUGCAAGCUCGGUUCUGCGUGCCUCUGCUGCGCCAAGGCGAGGCGCAUCAGCUGGACAAUUCUACGGACGAGGUGGAUGGUGCUCUCGCGAGCGCAGAAGCAGCUGGACAAAGAGCUCGGAUGAAGCAGGAGCGUGGGUACAGAUCUUUAUUGCAUGGAGGCGAAGAGCUGGCCAGGGCGCUCGCUGAGCCGCUGUGGAGAGCCGAAGGAAGGGGAUCGGUCUUGGAAAAGAGAAAAAGCGAAAUGAUGGACUUGGCUUGA